AUGGCUGAUGAAAGUUUGGUUAUUAAUGCAAACUGUUUAUUAUCCUCUGUCAUUUCAGUCAAUGAAUCAAGCAGAAAAUUAUGGAAUCAACAAUACUUCACUUUAACAUUUCCCAAACCACCCCAGCCAGGUAGAAAAACGAGAUCAAGACCUUCAGAAUUACAAAUCACAGUUCCUAGACAUGACAAAAGAAAUUUAGAAGAAGUUCAGAAGCCAGCUCAUAUAUGGAUAAGGCAUUCUUUAAGAAAAAAUUUUCUGAGGCCAUCUAUUCACUUAACUGUCAGGAGACAGACUUCAUUCAGACAUCCUUAUUCUCCUAUAACCCAUCCUAAAAAGGCACAAACUAAAAAGUCCAAAGACGACAAUAAAGGAACAACUUUGAAGAAAGUUUCCAAAAAAAAUACAGGCCCACAUGAAACAACUCCAGGAUACAAGAUAACAGUAAAUGAUGAUAAACCUAAAAGAGGAAAUGAAACAGAUAAUACUCCAUCAAAAUCAUCCCAUGAAAGUAAACUAUCUGAGAAGUCAAAGUGUAAAUCAGAAACAAUCCCAGAAUCCAAAUAUUCUAAGUCAAUCUCAAUAAAACAUCAAAAAAAGGAUAAGAGAGAUUCAAAAAAUUCCAAGGAGACAGAUAUUGAAUCCAUAUGUACAAAGAAGUAUUCUAAGAGCUCAAAAAACAAUUCGGAUGUCAAAUCAGAGACUAGCUCAAAAAGUAGUUCAAAUAUGGAUUCAGUGAUGUGUUUUGAAGAGUCUGGUGCUGAACCCAUGGAAUUUGAUAUGUGGUUGAAGAAUUACUCACAGAAUAAUUCAAAGAAGCCUCCAAAGAAGGAUGCAAAAAAGGAUGCAAAGAAGGGUUCUGAUGCUGAAUCUGUAGAUUCAAAAGAUGCAAAGAAAGAGUCAAAGAAGGGUAAGAAAGAUGGUAAGAAAGAUGAUAAGAAAAAGAGUGCAAAGAAGGAUGCUGGGUCCACUGAUGCAGAAUCUGGAGACUCAAAGGAUGCAAAGAAAGAUUCAAAGAAGGGUAAGAAAGAUGGUAAGAAAGAUGAUAAGAAAAAGGAUGCAAAGAAGGAUGCUGGGUCUACUGAUGCAGAAUCUGUAGACUCAAAGGAUGCAAAGAAAGGUAAGAAAGAGUCAAAGAAAGAUGAGAAGAAAAAAGAUGCCAAGAAGGAUGCAGAGUCUACUGAUGCAGAAUCUGUAGACUCAAAGGAUGCAAAGAAAGAUUCAAAGAAGGGUAAGAAAGAUUCAAAGAAAGUUGGCAAGAAAAAGGAUGUCAAGAAGGACACCAGUUCUACUGAUGCCAAUUCUGAAUCUGAAAGGGAUUUUAAAAAGGGUAAAAAAGAUUCAAAGGAGAAGAAAGGUUCAAAGAAAGAUGUCAAAAAGAAGUCUGCAAUGAAGUCUGAAGAGUCUACUGAAACUGAGUCUGAUUGGGAGUCAAAGAAGGAUAGAAAAGAUGCAAAGAAAAUUAUGCAAGAUUCAAAGAAAGGCACCAGGAAUGAUGCAAUAAAGGACGUGGAGUCUACUGAUGCUGAAUCUGAUGUGUCUUCCAAGAAAGACCUAAAGAAGUCCCAAAUAGUCAGAAGCUCAGAUGCUGAAUCUGAAGAGUCACUGUAUAAACUUGGGCCUAAAAAGAGAGAAGCUGAUGAAUCAGAUGCCACAUCUACAGAUUCAAAGAAGGAAGCACAGAAUCUAAAGAGAGAAUUCAAAAUGCCAUCCAGAAGGACUACAUUCAAACAAAAAGAAAAAAAAAUAGGUGCAGGUAGAGUUCCUCCAUCAAGGGAAAGACCACCACUACCUCCUUGUGAGCCUUUACUGCCAUCACCUAGGGUCAAACGUCUCUGUCAGUGCCAGAUGCCUCCUCCACCUCCAAAACCAAGAUAUGCUCCUUUGCUUGCUGUUUCCAGAGGCCCUUUAUUGGCGCCGUCAUCUGUGCUGCUCCCAGUGCCUGUAGGCAAGCAGAUUACACCUCCUCCCAACACUUGGUCAGGUGCUGCUCUACUUCACUGUGGGCAGGCAGGUCACUCAUCCUCCUGA